CAGUAACACUGCAGUACUUGGUCAACAUGGCAGUUUUGGCUAGUUGUCAGUUUUUUGUAGUAGUUUUAGUGCUCAUAUUAUUUGCUUCUUUAUCGGUUACUAAUGGAAGUUCUAUAAUAGAUGAAGUACAAUCAGUCGAACUAACGCCAAAACCCCUGAGUAAAAGCACGUCACACAAACACAGCAAGCGGUUCUCUGGCUUGUACACAGGUCCUUACUUCGAUCCUGCAACCAGCAACAACAUAACUACCCAACUGGGUACCCAUGCCUACCUUCCAUGCAAGAUAAAACAGCUUGGGAACAAAUCAGAGGUAUCCUGGGUGAGAAAGCGAGACUCCCACAUACUGACAGUGGACCGGUACACGUUCAUCGCAGACGAGAGGUUCCAGGCGUUCCUGGUGGAGGCGACAGACACGUGGACCCUGCAGAUCAAGUACGUCCAGGCACGGGAUCGCGGACAGUACGAGUGCCAGGUCAGCAUGGAGCCCAAGCUGAGUCACGUGGUCACCCUGAACGUUGUCGUACCAAAGAUCGAGAUCCUGGGCGAGACUGACAUCUACGUGAAGGCCGGAAGUAUAGUUCAGGUCAAGUGUGUAAUCACGCAGAGCCUGGAGGAGCCAGCAUACAUAUUCUGGUACCAUAACGGCAAACGGGUGCUGGACUACGACCGGAAGCUGAAGGACAUCGUGUCAGAGAGAGUGUCGGCCGACACGACCGUUGGCAGUCUGGUCAUCUACGAAGCCCGCCGUGAGGACUCGGGAAACUACACUUGCAGUCCUUCUAACCUGGACUCGGCGAGCGUCCAGUUACAUGUCCUCAAUGAUGAGCACCCGGCGGCGAUGCAGCGCGGGAAGAAUUGCGCCUCCCCACUCCCAGGAGUGUGGUGGGGGCCGUUGUCUGCAGGCCUAGGCCUCUCCUGUUGCCUCUCCCGCCGUUCCCUAGUGGUGGCCGUGGCCUCCAUGGUGCUUCUAGGACACCUGGUCACCCGUCUUACAUGAGUCUCUCCAUACCCGCCGCUGUACAUAGCGUUUAUGUGAAUUAUUGCUCAUCCCCCACCAGUGCGCGCCAGUGUGUCGUGAGUGCCGAGACUUCACCACUGGCUUGUACAUGACGCCUCUACCGACACUGACUAAGGGUUGGAAGCUGUAGGAAAACGUGGCUCAAGUCUAGUACUUUCCGGUUUGUAAUGGCACAUAUAAAUAUUUUUCUUAGGUUGUAACAGAUUUAAACGCAUUGUAAAUAUGAUCCUAUUGAAAGUUUUUCAAUUUCAUUUUACAAAGUAGUAAUUUUAUUCAUGUCACAAAUUGUGUCAAUGUUUUGUAAACACACUACUGAUUAAAACCUUUUGUUCCCGCCUCUUUUUCCUACUGUUUCCAACCAAUGCAUAUUCCUUUGUGUGUAUUCAAGGUUCGCCUAACGAUGCAACAACUGGAGGAAAUUUUAUGGAAUAUUAACUCAUCAGAUUGUAAAUCAAAACAAUUCAUUUAUGGUUGGUAUUUUUUGUCACUGAUUGUAUGAUGUAAGUUUUGCUUAUUCAUGUAGGUUGUUAUACAUAUAUACAUAAAUGUAAAUAUAUUGUUAAGCAUUUAUAAUAAAUUAUAAAUUUUCCAGACAAUUUCAAUUGUGAUGAUAAUAAUUUUAGAAUACUCGAUAGUAAUUAUUUUCCACUUAAAACUAGUAAAAUAGUAUUUCAAGAUAUGCUAAUGACGUGUGGUACAAUACAAUGGUUGUUUUAUUUCGAAAGCAAAAUACAUUGAUUACUAAAAUGUUGUGCAUUGGUUUGUAGAUAUAUGGAAAUUCAUAACAAAAUUAGAAACCCUAAAAAUGACGCAUGUAUAUAUGUAACUUAAAAUAUUAAAAACUAAAAUCGUAUACACAUUUAUUUAAGUUAAUCUAAAACGCUGUAGGUUUACUUAAUAAGCUCUUUACGAUUGACAAUAAAUUAUCAAAUAUUAAGACAUAUUUUGUAAAUCAGGUUAUAAAUUUCAAAAAAUUAAAUAAAAUUCAGGGUGCGUAUAUAUGUUUAAAGCCUUAUAAUUUAUAAAAAUUAUUUAAUAAUAAUUGUAAAAAUCUGUAGUAAAACUUGAUUGUUUAUCUUUGCGCCGUUUGACUCAGAAGAUUGCAAAACUACUACUGAUCGUGAAUAUGAGUUGCUUGUGUUACUUAACGUGUGAAACUAAAAAAAUUAUAUUUUUAUCUAAUAUUCAAUGAAUAACACAAAUAUGUAAUAUAUGUUCCCUAUGCAAUCGACAAAACUGAAAUUACCUGUAAAUACAUUAACGUUACCUGUAUAAUCUUUAACGAACGGUAUUGAAUUUCCAUAAGAGGUAAAAGCGUUUAUUAUUAAUUAGUUUAUUAGAAUCACACUACCUAGUUUUCAUUCAAACUGCAAAUGAUAAAAUGUCAAAAAAACUGUACCACGAUUUUACAGGUGUUAUUGUGUAAAAAGUAAAAUUUAUAUUUACGUAUGAAAUACGGUGUUUAUAUUAACUAUAAGGUAAUAUUAAGAAUAACUAUAGUGUUACCAAGAUUGUGAUGUAUAUUAGACUGUGAAAAACAGUUGCUGGCAGUGCUAUGAUUGACACAUGAGGACGUAUAUCUUGACUACUUUCCGAUAUAAAUAAUAUAAAUGUCCAUCUUGUAAAUACAAACAGUAAUUUUAUGCUAAGGAACUAUUUAAUAGUUAAUGUUGAUUAUUAUAUAUUUUAAGCAAAUGUUUUAAUUUAUUUUGUAUAUUUAUUUUGUUUUUGACUUAACGACGCUUAGCCAAAGAUGUUAUAAUUGUGGUGUUAAUCCUAUAUUUUAUCCACUACCUCCAAUCAUCCGUUACUUCCAGUAACACUCUUCAUCAGUAAUAAUCCUUCGUAACUAUAUGGGUAUUUUAAAUUGAUUUUUAUAAGCAAAAAGGGUCCUUUCUUAUUCAAAUGUACCAUUAGCAAUAAUAUAGAUAUAUUCAACGUUUACAGUAAUAUUUAGUUUUAUAAUGUUCAACUCUAAUGUAACCUGAAAUAAUACUGGAAAAUAUUCUUACAGUCUUCAACCGUUUAAACGGGUAAAUAUGUUACUAUGCCAGAUCAGUGAAAUUAUAAACAUUUAGUUGUUAAUCUCUCAACACUUUCUUAUCUUAAAAAGAUCCUUGUUGAUAAACCAGAAAAAUGUAGUGUGUUAUAAAUAAAACAAAAAACUGUUUUAUUUCAAACGGUUUAAGUACGUAGCCUAUAUCAGUAACAAAAAAUGCUUGUACACGGUAUUGUUCAGUAUACUUGUUUAAUUUUAACAUGCAUACAAUAUUAUAACAUAUUUUAACAAUUUUCUGUGAACAUGUAUAUCCAUAUAAAGCGAAAAAUGUUUGCAGACUAUUAUAUAUUUUUUCAGUAAGCACACUACCUAAAAAAAGAAAAUUUACAAUUCAAGGCAAUUCGUUUCUUGGAUAUGUUAUAGUUAUUUAUCCAAAAAGUAUUAAAAGUUAAGGACACCAAGUAUAGUGUAUGAUAAUAAUCGUCUACUACAUUCCAAAUUUUGGAAAUAGGGUUGAGUUGAACAUAUUAAAAUACGGAAAUGAUAUUUAAAUAAUUCAAAUUGUUCUUAAAUAUAGUAUUCACAAUCUCAAUAAAAUUUUAUUUUAUUUCUAAAAUAUUGACAUGUGACCAUAAUUGUCCAACAAAAUUACACAGUAUAAACUAUACUGCGAAUGUAUUUUUCUAAUUUAGCGUAGUUUGUUUUAACCGUAAAAAAUCACUCGAUAUUCAAAUUUUUUAUUUAUUUUCAUUUUCUCAAGUUUAUUAAUCUCGUUUGUUUCUUGCAUUUUUUACUAUCAUCCCAUUUUCCCUCUCCUUUUAAGCAUAUGACCUGUUAAACAGCAUGUGAAUUGGCUUCAGAUGCCCUUUUUAAAGAAUAUAUGUCAUGGUUUAUGGGUUAAAUCUUAAGGAUGUUGGGGUUUUGGAUUAUAAUUUUGUUUUAUUUAUGCGUCUUAUUAAAUAAAGUGUUUUACUAUCA